CCUAGUUUCGCGCAAAUUGUGGAGAGUUCGCGCCUUGAAACUGCUACUGAAACUGAAUUUGUGAAUCCACCAAAUAUACCGCAGCAAAACUGAAAAUGCCGAAACGGAAUGGAUUCAUGUGCUUUGCACAUGAGUUCGAAAAAACCGAAAAGGCGAGAGGGCGCAGAUUUCGGUGUUUUAAAGAAAUUAUACCUAUUGCUGGCAGAAUAUGGGAGGGUAUGGGACCCAGACAACGCGAACCAUACAUUAGAAUGGCUGAACAAAGACCGAAUGAAGCACGAACAGCGAAGGUGCACGAGGCUAGUUCAUCGCACAGGAUAGUCACGGAAGAACCAAUUGACGAACGCAUCAUAAAAUCGAAGCAUAUAAUAACAUCAAUACAAAACCGGCUAGACCAAGCAGCGUUGGGAGAAGAAGGACUCGAUAAGGAAGAGUUUUAUGCUAUCUCAAUGAAAUACUUUUGCCGCCGGUUUGAUGGUGGUUACGUUCCGGCAGAGCUUGGUGUGGCAAAAUUCAGCAUUGAAGAUGGUGUAAAGGACCAGCUGCACAUGCAUAUCAAUCCCGUCAGCAUUCCGAUAGGUAUGGCAUACGAGGCACAGCAGCAUGCCAAUACCCACGGGUUGCUGCUCCCGCCACACGCGUUGGGUGAAACAAACAUGGAUGAAAUAGCGCAGAAGUUGCUUACCUUCCUGGAUGUGAAACAGGAAAUUCCACCGCUGUUCACCGAUGCGAAGAACAUACCGCAGGUGGAACAAAUGCUCGGCGAAAUUUUGGGGUAUCAUAUCAAUGGGAAGACGUUGUAUAUUGGCUCCAUGGCUGAGUUGUUGUUUCAGCUAAAACAAGCUGCGGAAUAUCACAUGAUGAGUUUGAAGGUCUUUCCCUCAGUCACAAAAGCGCAGCAGUUCUUAGAUGACACUACUUUAAUCUCCACGACGGGCAUUAGCUGUGAAUAUCAUGAGUCUCUCGAGUUUGUAGCGGAGUGUGCAUUGUCCGAAUGUUUGUGUUGGUCGUACACAGCUACGCUGAGUUGCUGCCUGGAAAUGAUUGUCGAGCCACUCCCAGGCAAGCAUUACCCGUACCAUUUGGAGCGGAUGCGGCUUGAUAUGUUGCGACAUGAGUUAGCUGUAAUGGAUGAGCAGCAGAUACAAUCGCGGAAGAAGGAAUCUGACUAUAGCGAACCGGCAAACAAGCGCCCGCGGAUCAGCAAUCAGCAAUAGCAAUAUAUAUUAUCAGGAAGCUGCGACCCAACGCGUCGAUCAGCUGACGCCGCAAUCUUUGGAGGAACGGACGCACUUCCGAUGUCCGAUCGAGCCCGAAAUGUCGUACAUGGAUUUACGUGUGGGAGACACCGGUCGUCGUACGUUUGGCCGACACCAUACCCAUUAACCAUACGAAAAGUACGGACGACGUGGACGGAAAAGCUCAUUUAUGUGCUUCCAUUUUAGUCAUUUAAUUACUUUUCGCGCCUUGCAUAACUUAUUUUAGUACGUACUGAACCGUUGACGCUACUUAUUGUAUUUUAUUUACAGCAGAGUUGAUCUGUAAUAUAAUUGUUUGUGCCAAAUAAACGCGAAACC